AUUUCACUUCUCAGCACAGCAGUUGGAAUGUGAAAACCCUACUAGCAGAAGCAUGCAGAUUUAGAAGGAGAAAAUUGUGGAGUCAGGGGAGCUGAUUGUAUAUGGACAAAAAGCCUGGAACGCUUUCCUAGAUCUAGGAACUCAUCAGACACACAGUGGACAUUGAACUCAUCAGACACACAGUGGACAUUGCAGGCUGGAGGAAAGGAACAUAUCUACUGCUGUGGCAGUCAUACAAGGAAUGGAGCAAACCGUAGCAGAGACUGGCCCUGCUGUGCCCCAGCCAGGACACAAAAACACUCUAAGUUCAUAUAUGUGGAAAGGGAAGCCAGAAAAGUUCCUGAAGGGGGAACCCAAAAUCCUUGGGGUUGUGCAGAUCAUGAUUGCUGUGAUGAAUAUGAGCAUUGGAAUAACAAUGAUGAGUCUCACAUUUCCCUUUUGGCAAUCACGUCCCCUGUCAAUAUACCUGUGUUACCCACUUUGGGGAUCGGUGAUGUUUAUUUUCUCAGGAUCCUUCUCAAUUGCAGCAGGAACUAGAACUACCAAAGGUCUGGUACAAAGUAGCCUGGGGUUGAACAUCAGCAGCUCUGUCUUGGCUGCAAUAGGAAUCAUAAUCAGUGCCCUGAGUGUGGUUUUUUAUUCAUUCCGAUAUCAUUAUUGUGUCUUUAAUGGGAGAGAUGGUAUUUGCCUCAUGACCUUUUACAUUAUAAUGGGAUUGGAUGUUAUGGCACUUGUUUUAAAUGUUCUCGAAUUAUGCAUUGCGGUGUCCCUCUCUGCCUUUGGAUGCAAAGUGACCUGCUGUAAUCCUGGUGGGGUUAUAUUCAUUAUGCCGCCAAACUCUAACAUAGCAGAAAUAGCAUCCCCUGCACUACUUAGAGAAGAUUUGGUGCCACCAACAGCUCAACAGAAAAAUAUUCCAGAGUACCUACCCUGAUUGUAAUGAAAGAAUUCUACUUGGAAAAGCACUAGAAUCCAGCUUUGACACACACGUCAACUACAUUCAGAAUCACUAUCAUUUUACCCCCUAGAAUCCACUGAUUCAAUUUUCUGGCUCUUUAUCACAUUAUCAAAAAAUAAAUAAAUGGAUCAAACUCUGAGUCCUCAGAAAUUGAAAAAAAUCUGUUUAAGACAUUAUGUAAAGAU